UUCUUUUUGCUUUUUGUGAAACUCUAAGAAUCGUGCUUAAUACAUCAAAUAGUUUCCAAUUUCUCUAAGCUAACCAUAUGAGGCCAUCCACUCUCCCCAGUUAAACACAUAUAUUUAAACGUUACAUGGGAGUAGGUCAAUAAAGAGCGUAAAAAGUUAAUGAAAAUAUCUGGUAAGGUAUAAUAACAGAAUAUUUGCGAAGAAAUAAUCAGUGUGAUCAUGUAAUUUUCCAUUUCAAUGUAUUGCUCGUGGUAUUGCUCUGAUUGAAGCUUGUUACCUGUACAGCAUAGAAAAACAAUCAGUGCGCCCCAGUUUACGUGUUACGGCAAACCGUUUGUUAACGUUAACAGACAUAAAUGAUGCAUUUGAAAUUAUUGGGGAAAUAACUAAGCAAUUGUUGAAUUAAUUUGCACUUAAAAAAAUACGACGAAGCAAUUUUAGUCUAACCCAAAUUAGAUAAGAUAAAAAUGAAUUUUUUUUUUUCAUAUCGAAAGAUAAAGCAACUUAUUCGAUCUUUUAAAGUCUCUAAGAUUUAACUUUGCCUUAAUCUUCACAUUUUACGAUGGUCACGUUGGCGAAUAAAACUUUAAAUAUGUUGAUGCUAUAUUAUCCCUUAUUUGUUCAUCCAUCUGCUUUAAUUGCGAGAGCCUUUGUCAGUAACGGCGCCGCGGAUUAUGUGCGCAAUGCAGCUGGAGUUGGAUUUCGGGCAGCAGCUCCGAUGCUUUUCCUUUUAAUCUGGCCAAAUCCAGUCAUUACAUGGCUGCGAGCAGGAAUACCGCGCGUGCACGAAACUCCUAUCCUGAAGGUUCCACCCGCGUAGACAGACGUCCUAAGAACAUUGUGGUAACGGGUUUUAAUAGUGAAGAAGCUGAUUUUGUUCUAGGGCACUUUAAGCAUUUCGGGGAAACUACAAAGCAUGACAUGGAUUUGGAAAAACCUCAGUUGAUACUCUCUUACGCUACACGUAUAAACGCUGAACAGGCGAUAUUAAGAGGCAAACUAUUUAAGGAUAAACAUUUGCAAAUUGUUUUUGCUCCUGUGGUACAGGAGCCAAAGAUAGCUAGUCCAGUGUAUAAAGAAGCCACAACAGCAGAACUCAACAAAACAAACCAGCCUCAAGAAGCUACCACAGCUGCCAUAUCUUCUCCCAAUCCUAGCCAGUAUAAUAGCGAAACAGAGGCUACUGCCACGGAUAAUCUGCCUGAAUUAAGGCUUGAAAAUGAAGAAAAGGAUGAAGAAUCUGAAGACAAAACGAACAAAAGCCAUGCCAAACGUAAACAACAUAGUCUAAGGUAUAGGCUUUAAAAAUAUACUUCACGUAAUUUAUUGUACAAAAAUUUAGACGCAUGCAAUACCCAAAUAAUUGUGCGCUAAAAAGCGUAGUAAUUUCAGUACUUUUUUCUAUUUCCUCUUGUAAAUUCAAACAAAUCAUUAAUUUCGUAAUAUCAGGAACAUUACAAGCACACAAAAUUUGCAUCGUCGAAGUACACAAUAUUGAGGUUUUUGUAAUAAAA